CCUAGAAACUACAUAAAAUCAAUAUGACUGGACGCGGUAAAGUAGGUAAAGGUCUUGGAAAAGGAGGAGCCAAACGUCAUCGUAAAGUACUCCGUGAUAACAUCCAAGGAAUCACCAAGCCUGCAAUUCGUCGGUUAGCUCGUCGUGGUGGAGUAAAACGUAUUUCCGGUUUGAUUUACGAAGAGACUCGUGGUGUUUUGAAAGUGUUUCUAGAAAACGUAAUCCGUGACGCCGUAACAUACACUGAGCAUGCCAAGAGGAAGACUGUUACUGCCAUGGAUGUCGUGUACGCCCUGAAACGCCAGGGUCGUACUCUAUAUGGUUUCGGGGGUUAA